CAGCUGCAGGGACCUGUUCCCACAGUCGUGUAGGCAGCGGCCUGAUAAUGAAGGCAGAGCUUCACGCUCAUUCUUUGUUACAAACCAACAGCACGCAGAGAGGAGAGCAGCUGAAGCACACUCGCUCCAGAACUUGUGACAGAUUAUUUUGGUUUUUGAAAUCGAUGAACGAGACUCGGAUAUGAACACUGCACACCUCAAACUAAAGAAAAGACCGACCCUCGCUCAGAGACUCGCACUUUUUAAUGUCUCUAAUAAAAUGCACUCAUUCAAACCUUUAAACUGAUUCAUGAGCGUGGACAUCUGUAUGACCCUGGUGAUGCUGAAUGAUCUGUGAGGGAUUUAGAGCAGCACAGAGGUUCUCCUUAUUUCAUACAAACAGCAUUCCCACAUCCAGAGAAUCGGAGUAUUAAACUCCAGAUCUGUCAGCAGCUGAAAACAUUUGGAGCUUUUCAAACCAAACACUCGACAAAGGAGGCAUGAGAUGAUCUGUGUGAACACUCUGGGCCUCCUGAGGGAACAUUUGCUGUUAAAAUCACUGCAGCUUGUUCGCCGUCGUAUUGCUAAAAUAAGGAAAAGAUAAAAGAUCACCUCCUGUUGGUCCUCUUCUAUCUCAAAGCCUUACAGAGAGAAGAGCAGCUGCAGCAGAUUAGGAAACAUGCUGUUUUCAGUUUAAUAAAAAGGCUCUGAAGGACUUUUAAACAACAAAUUUCCUUUUUUUGGUAUAUUUUGUCCCACCUCUGCCUGGAAGCAGGGCUUUAUUUUUGACGGCUGAAACCAGCUCAUCACAAACAGGAGGAGGUGAAACUCUGGGAUUCCUGAAUGUCGAUACUGAUGUGUGUUUAGAGACGAUUUGGCCUUUCCCAGAGUUCAUCGACCCUGAGCAGCAGCAGACCUCAGAGGAUCAGACCCGCGUCAAACCGCCGCGCUUCACAUUGCAGACACAACCUGAGCAACGUCUGCAGAGACGCAAACCCAGGAGAAGACCUCGCCACAACCUCCAAACCUGUGCCGACGGUGUUCCAGGUGUUCCAGGUGUGUGUGGGGAAGCUGAGCAGAAUGGCGGUGGGCCUGCAGAUUGUGGGUCUGUUUCUGGGCGUGGUGUCCUGGUGUCUACAGUCCAGCUGUACCUCCAACCAGGUGUGGAAGAUGAGGAGUCAGUCGGAGUCUGUCACCACCAGCCAGUGGCAGUUCGAGGGCCUGUGGAUGAGCUGUGCUGCCACCUCGAUGGGGUCCAUCCAGUGCAGCAAGUUCAAGACAGUGCUGGGACUGUCGGCUCACCUGCAGACCUGCAGGGCUCUGAUGAUCCUGUCCCUGCUCUUCGGUCUGACCUCCAUCAUCGUCUCCGUGCUGGGACUCAAAUGCACCAAACUCGGCAGAACGCCCGAGCAGGUCAAAGCCAAGAUCAUCCUGAGCGGAGGGAUCCUCUUCAUCCUGUCGGGUCUCUUCACUCUGGUCGCCGUGUCCUGGUACGCUGCCAGAGUCAUCAACGACUUCUACGACCCGCUCUACGGAGGAGUCCGGUUCGAGCUGGGUACUGGUCUGUAUCUGGGCUGGGCCGCCGCUGGUCUGGCCAUACUGGGAGGAUCUAUGCUUUGCUGCUCCAGUAAGACUACUCCCUCCACCCCACCUGCUCGGCAGUUUUCGUACUACUCCACCACCGGCCAAGGUCAGAGCAUCUACAGAGCAGCUCCGGCCUCAGACGCCAGCGGCUCCAAGGCUUACGUCUGAACCGACCGACCUCCACCGUCCUUCGUUAUGCUCGUGCUGUUUUCUGAAACAUGGAAUCACCUCAGAAUCACACUGCAAAUGAAACGUCUCCUGAAUCGGUGUGGCCCUGCAGUACCAAGUAUGUCCAAGAGAGGGCACCACAGGGAAUCGUUCGCAGAACUUCGCAACAGAUCAAUUUAUUUAUUAGGUUUUGCUGUUUCAAUUAAAACGCUUUGUGGUUCAUUUACAUUUUACUUUUAUUAAUCACAUUUAGCUGUAUGUUUGACUUAAUUUCACACUUUUGCUUUUCUUUAGUUAACUUCAGUUUACCUUUUUUAGGAUAUUAAAGAGGGGAAAGGUUAUCAUCUAACCAGUCAUGCUGACAGAUCUUUGUGCAUUUUCCAAAUGUGACGUUGCAGAGAAAGAAACACGUGUUAUGAAAUGAAACUGAGAGAAUAAAGAUGUCUAUUAAUGCACACAAAGCUAGAGCUCAGAAAUUUACUGACAUAUUCUGCCUUUAGAUUCAUGACAUCACUGAUGAACAAACAUGUUAACGUUAAAUAAAACGAUCCAUUAAAAGGU